CUUGAAGAAACUCUUCUCGGGAGCUACAAUGGCAUCCAGCCGAGGGGCCCUUGUCACUGUUGGACAGCUCUCCUGUUAUGACCAGGCUAAGCAGCUGGUGCUCACGACUGGGUUGCUGUCAGACAACAUCUUCACUCACUUCCUGGCCAGCUUCAUCGCUGGAGGAUGUGCCACAUUCCUGUGCCAGCCCCUGGACGUGCUCAAGACCCGCCUCAUGAACUCCCAGGGCGAGUACCGGGGUGUUACCCACUGUGCCAUGGAAACUGCCAAGCUCGGCCCCCUCGCCUUCUACAAGGGCUUCGUUCCUGCUGCCAUCCGGCUCGUUCCUCACACCGUCCUCACCUUUGUCUUCCUGGAGCAGCUACGUAAAUAUUUUGGGAUCAAAGUGGUCACCUGAGUAGGAGGGAUGGGA